AUGAGGAGAGGUAGAAAUGAACGUUCAGAUUCCUUGCGCCUUUACUACAGCCAAUUACAGCUCUUCGAUUAUGGUGCAUAUUGUCCAACAGCGAAACCACUGACUGGCGAACUUCUAGAGUUUGUCUCUGACCCAAAAUCAAAAGGCACCAUUCUUGUUGCUUUUGGUACGGUAAUCCAGUGGCGAAGUGUUCCGAAGGAGAAAUUCGAGGCCGUGCUCGAUACACUUAACUCGCUGUCCGAUUACCGUAUCGUCUGGGCUUACAAUGGCAAGCCGAUGACUAUGAAACCACAUAUAUACGCCUCAAAAAUGGGUUCCUCAGGUCGAUGUGCUCUUCGAACAACCGCACAGUGCUCCUCUUCAAAGCGCAAACGGUGGGCUCAAAAUGGUCUGUGCUUACUUGUUGAGAAAGUGUGCUCAGUUCUGAAUGGCUGA